AUGGAGGAGGAACCCCCGCUGGCGGAGCCUCGGUCGCAGCGGUUCGUGCUCUGGCUGCACGGGCUGGGGGAUAGCGGCCGCGCAAACGAGCCGGUGGCCGGGUACGCCUUCGCCGGCGCCCGCUGGGCCUUCCCCACGGCGCCUACAGCUCCCGUCACAUGCAACCGUGGCAUGCUAAUGCCAUCGUGGUUCGACAUCCACGACACGCCCAUCACCUCCAAAUCCGUGAGGGGCGAGGCGGACGUGCUGAGGGCCGUCGAGAGAGUGCACGCCAUGAUCGACCAGGAGAUAUCCGCCGGGACGAGGCCGGAGGAUGUCUUCGUCUUCGGGCUCAGCCAGGGAUGCGCGCUGAGCAUCGCGAGCGUGCUGCUGUACCCGAGGGCGCUGGGCGGCUGCGCGGUCUUCAGCGGUUUCCUCCCGUUCGGCGCCUCCUUCACGUCCAGGGUGACGGCCGAGGCCAAGAAGACGCCGGUGCUGUGGGUGCACGGGCGAGCGGACUUCCUGGUCCCGAUCGAGGCUGGGAAAGACGGGACGAAAUUCCUGCAGGGACGGCUCGGCAUGAGCUGUGAGUUCAAGGUGUACGACGGGCUCGGCCACGAGCUGGCGCCCUACGAGCUGCAGUACUGCGAGCGCUGGGCCGCCGGCGGGGGUGGUGGCUCCAACCACGACCAAGGAACAAGAAGCGUGGACCGUGGCGUCCCGAGGAGCAGGCGCUCUUGCAGCUGCGGAUUCGGCUUCCUCUCUCGGUCGUAA